GAUACUGGCCACACGCUGGAUGAGGUCAAAGUUCGCGAAAUUUCGAAUUUGAAAGAGUAACAGAGAGCAAGCUGAGGAAAGGGAGAUGGCUAAACAGCUGCAGAACAUUCUGAGAAGGUCAGGAGGAGGAGGAGGACGCGGGAUGCCCGGAGGAGUCUCGUGGGGAGCCGGCCUGCUGCUUGGGGCGGGCGCGCUGGGCUUCGGCGUUCAACAGAGCGUCUAUACAGUUGAGGGUGGUCACCGAGCAAUCAUCUUCAGCCGAAUCAGUGGCGUGGGGAAUGUACUCUAUGCAGAGGGACUCCACUUCAGGAUCCCGUGGUUCCACUAUCCGAUAAUCUAUGACAUCAGAGCACGGCCGAAACUCCUCACGUCACCAACGGGCAGCAAAGAUCUGCAGAUGGUCAACAUUGGACUUCGAGUUCUGUUCCGCCCAAACCAGUUUGACCUGCAAAACCUGUAUCGCCGACUGGGCCUCGACUACGACGACCGAGUCCUGCCGUCCAUCUGUAACGAGGUAUUGAAGUCAGUUGUGGCACAGUUCAAUGCGUCGCAACUCAUCACACAGAGAGGAAAGGUCAGUAUUCUGAUUCGAGACCAUCUCAUUGAGAGAGCUAAGGACUUCAGUAUCAUCCUCGACGAUGUAUCCAUUACUGACCUCAGUUUUGGACGAGAGUACACCGCAGCUGUUGAGGCCAAGCAAGUUGCUCAGCAAGAAGCCCAGAGAGCCCAGUUCUAUGUGGAGCAAGCUAUUCAGGAGAAGCAGGAGAAAAUUGUCAGGGCUGAGGGAGAGGCCGAGGCUGCCAGAAUGAUAUCCCCACACACCUUACCUCUCUCCUUCCUCCCUUGUUCCCCUUUCUCUUCCUCUCUUGCAGCAAUCUCAGCACAACGAAGAAUUCUUUGUCUGUUGUCCAUCACAGUUGCAUUAUUAUUCUAUCAAUCUAGUCUCAGUCUCUCUCUCUUUCUCCAAAAGGCAAAAUCAUUGUUUUCUUGACUCCAUCUCUCACCUGGGUAAGGCCAUGAAGGUGAACCCAGGUUACCUCAAACUUAGGAAAAUCAGAGCUGCUCAGGCCAUCGCCCACACUGUGAGCUCCUCAUACUUGCCCCAUACUGUCGUUGACUCAUACCUGAAAUCCAAUACUAUCAUACCACCAUUCCCAUUCACUCAUACCUGGAUCCCAUGCCGUCAUACCACCAUUCACAUUCCCUCAUACCUGGAUUCCCAUGCCGUCAUACUUUCAUUCCCAUUCCCUCAUCUAUGCAUUCCCAUACUUCCAUUCCCCCACUCCUAUUCCUAUGCCCGCAUACCUGCAGUCCUCUACUGCCAUUUCAUUUCCCCAUUGUAGUACAUUCCAAAUCCUUGUACUGCCAUUAUCUCAACCCCAUUCUGUCAUUCCCCCAUUCCGGUACCACUCCAGAUUGCCCAGUCUCAGAACAGGAUCUACCUGAAUUCUGAGAAUCUCAUGUUGAACCUGCGGUCAUUUGACCUCGACGAACUGCAAUGGGGGAAAGCCAAGAAAUAAACAGAUUGUUGUUUGUAUGUCGAUGAGUUCCGAAAAUUGUUGUAAUCAUCAAUUGUUUCAAACACAAGUCAAUGAAAAAACUGAUGCAAAAAUGAAAUUAAUUAUGGCAGCGUGCACAGCAAAAGAUGAAAUCUCGUUUUUAUGACAACUAAGUAUGAUUAUUGUAAAACUCACUUUCAGAUGCAAAAUGUUUCUUAGUAUUUUUCAUGAUCAAAAGUUUGGGCUGUGUGUAUAUACUAGCAACUGUUACCAGGGAACAGGUAGUCUUGGUAACAGUUACCUAGGCAGCAGUUAACCCCAGCAAUUGUUACCAGGCAACAGAGAGCCUGGCAUCUCGAGCAGUGUCAAUCUCCUCGGGGCCUGUGGUGGGAUGGUGGUAUUCAGCCAGUGGGUCGUGGAAUGUGGACCCAGAAUGGUAUGGGGACCGGCCGAGGUCUGGAGUGUAGACACGAGGGCGAUAUCCGUCCAGCCCACGUUCAGACGGUUCGCUGGUCUUGCGAAGUACGGCUGGCUCGGGGCUCACCUCCGAGAGAGGAGGGAGAGAGUUUUCUUCCGGAGACGAGGAGGUGGGGGAGGGAGACCUGAUUGGGGCGGAGUCAGAGCGGGUGUGGUAGGUGGGCGGGCUGGUGAGGCGGCCCCAGGACCUCGUCUGGGAGCCACGCCCCAGUGUCUGGAACCCCACCUGCAUCUGCUGGACCUGGGAGAUGAGGUCCUGGAGCUCAUGGGACAGUUUCUCCCUCUUGUCAGUCAACUGUGAUACCUGCACCUUCAGCUCUUUCUCCUCUUUAUGAAUUCCCUCCAGGUUGCUCUGGAGACUGCGGUCGUCACGGCGACGGAGGGGGAGGAGUCCGCCGGAGAAGGAGUGACGAAGGUGCCCGUGGUGAGGGAGUGAGGAGAAGCGGGCGGAGGGGGAGGGGGGAGGAAGGUCCAUCAGAAUCCGGUCCACCUCCAUACUCAGUCGUUUGUUCACUUCAGACAAAUCCUUGUUCUUUCCUGCGGUCCCCAUGCCAACCGUACCGUCGCUAGACGUGUGUUUCAACCCUCG